AGCGGUGGCACCCAGGGGGUGGGGGUGGGGGGAGGCUGUGCGUUCUCGCCGGUCCACUGGGGAAGAUGGCCCGGGCCUGGGGAAUCGCUCCCACGCCCCGCAGCCCGCUCCCCUGAGUCGGGUGAGCAGGGAGACCCCUUCCCUCUUCCCCUCCCGCCCCACACGCGCCGCGGGAAUGGCUCCCUGGCCUCACGGGAACAGCUCUCUGGCCCCGUGGCCAGAUGUCCCCACCCUGGCGCCCAGUACGGCCAACGCGAGUGGGCUACCAGGGAUGCCGUGGGCGGUGGCACUGGCGGGGGCGCUGUUGGCGCUGGCGGUGGUGGCCACCGUGGGAGGCAACCUGCUGGUAAUCGUGGCCAUCGCCCGGACGCCGAGACUCCAGACCAUGACCAACGUGUUCGUGACUUCGCUGGCCACCGCCGACUUGGUCGUGGGGCUCCUGGUGGUGCCGCCGGGGGCCACGUUGGCGCUGACCGGCCACUGGACCCUGGGCUCCACCUGCUGCGAGCUGUGGACCUCGGUGGACGUGCUGUGUGUGACUGCCAGCAUCGAAACCCUGUGCGCCCUGGCGGUGGACCGCUACCUGGCCGUGACCAACCCGCUGCGCUACGGCGCGCUGGUCACCAAAUGGCGCGCCCGGGCAGCCGUGGUGCUGGUGUGGGUCGUGUCCGCCGCGGUGUCGUUUGCGCCCAUCAUGAGCAAAUGGUGGCGCGUGGGGGCCGACGCCGAGGCGCAGCGUUGCCACUCCAAUCCGCGCUGCUGCGCCUUCGCCUCCAACAUGCCCUACGCGCUGCUCUCCUCUUCCGUCUCCUUCUACCUUCCGCUGCUGGUGAUGCUCUUCGUCUACGCGCGAGUUUUCGUGGUGGCUAAGCGCCAGCUGCGCUUGCUGCGCCGGGAGCUGGGCCGUUUCCCGCCAGAGGAGUCUCCGCCCGCUCCGUCUCGCUCCGGGUCCCCCGCGCCGGCCGGGCCGUGCGCCUCGCCCGCGGGGGUGCCCUCCUACGGCCGGCGGCCGGCGCGCCUUCUGCCUCUGCGGGAACACCGCGCCCUUCGCACCUUGGGGCUCAUUAUGGGAACCUUCACUCUCUGCUGGUUGCCCUUCUUUGUGGUCAAUGUGGCGCGCGCCCUCGGGGGCCCCUCUGUGGUGCCCGGCCGGGCCUUCCUCGCCUUUAACUGGCUAGGCUAUGCCAACUCUGCCUUCAACCCGCUCAUCUACUGCCGCAGCCCUGACUUUCGCAGCGCCUUCCGUCGCCUGCUGUGCCGCUGCCGGCCCGAGGAGCAUCUCGCCGCCGCCUCGCCGUUCCGCGCCCCCUCCGGUGCCCCCGAGGCCUGACCAGCCCCGAGGAGUCCAGACAGCGCCCACCUCUCGACCGGGCUUCCUGGGGACUUUCUUAGGCCUUGA